GGCUGCGCGCCGUUGGCUGACUGCGCGCGGGAGCCCUGUCCCGCCCCACUCCUUCGGGGAGCCUCGCGCCCACUCCGCCCCUUCCCUUUGAAGCAAGCGGACAAGGAGACACUCCUGCGGCGCAUGCGUCGAGCCCAAACGAGGCCUGUGGUAGAAAAAGAGAGGCAGCUGGUGCAUGCGUGGUUGAAAUAGCGAGUCGGCGGGGAGAAUGGACAGCGCGCAUUGAUCUAGGCUCUGCGCAUGCGUUUUACUGCUGGCUGAAGCUGAACCUCGGGAGCCCAAGACACUCUUCUGCACAUGCGCAGGAGACUCAAUGACAGUCAAGCUUUGGCUAAGGCUCCGGGGAAAGGGUCUAGCCAUGUUGCAUGUGACCCGGGGGGUCUGGGGGUCUAGGGUCCGAGUAUGGCCACUGUUGCCCGCGGUCCUCGGCCCCCCCCGGACCCUUUCAUCGCUGGCGGCCAAGAUGGGGGAGUAUCGCAAGAUGUGGAACCCCACGGAGCCCCGCGACUGGGCCCAGCAGUACCGCGAGCGCUUCAUUCCCUUCUCCAAGGAGCAGCUGCUCCGCCUCCUAAUACAGGAAUUCCACUCAAGUCCAGCAGAGAAGGCGGCUUUGGAGGCGUUCUCGGCCCACGUGGACUUCUGCACCCUGUUCCACUACCACCAAAUCCUGGCCCGGCUGCAGGCCUUGUAUGACCCCAUCAACCCUGACAGGGAGACCCUCGAUCAGCCAUCACUGACAGACCCCCAGCGUCUGUCCAAUGAGCAGGAGGUGCUUCGGGCUCUGGAACCCCUGCUAGCCCAGGCCAACUUCUCCCCGCUAUCUGAGGACACCCUGGCCUACGCGCUGGUGGUCCAUCACCCUCAGGAUGAGGUCCAGGUGACGGUAAAUUUGGAUCAGUAUGUCUACAUGCAGUUCUGGGCCCUGGGCCAGCGAGUCGGGCAGAUGCCCCUGAAGUCCAGCGUGGGCUCCAGGCGUGGCUUCUUCACCAAGCUGCCCUCCGCAGAGAGGAGAUACUUUAAGCGGGUGGUGCUGGCGGCCCGGACCAAACGAGGACACCUGGUGCUGAAGAGCUUCAAAGACACGCCGCUGGAGGGCCUGGAGCAGCUGCUGCCUGAGCUGAAGGUGCGCACGCCCACCCUGCAGCGCGCCCUGCUCAACCUCACGCUGCUGGUCUCUGGCGUGGCCAUCUUCGUCAACGUGGGCAUGGUGGUGCUUACCGACCUCAAGGUGGCCACCUCCCUGCUGCUGUUGCUCUUCGCCAUCUUCAUGGGCCUGCGGGCCUCCAAGAUGUUCGGGCAGCGGCGCAGCGCGCAGGCGCUGGAGCUGGCGCACAUGCUCUACUACCGCAGCACGUCCAACAACUCGGAGCUGCUCAGCGCCCUGGCCCUGCGCGCGCAGGAUGAGCACACCAAGGAGGCGCUGCUGGCUCACAGUUUCCUGGCCCGGCGGCCAGGGGGCACGCCAGGCCCACUCGAAGAGACCUCCACGUGGCUCCGGUUAGAGGUGGAGAACUGGCUUCUAGCCAAGUCAGGCUGUGAGGUGGCCUUCAACGGAACUCGGGCCCUGGCGCAUCUGCGGGCCCUGACCCCCAGCAUGGGAUUGUUCCCACCCCCAGGUUUCCCCAAACUAGACCCAUUGGCUCCAAUCACUUCCGAACCCCCGCAGGCCACACCCAGCAGUAACAACCCCUGAGUAGAACCUACCUCCCUGCCCCGUCAGCAGGCUAGGAACUAAGCCCUGCCUGCUUCGCGACAGGCUGUCAAUUACAGUUAUUAUACUUUUUCACUCCAACUUCUAAUAACUGACAGGUAAUUAUUUUUGCUACACUGUGUGCUUAAGCAAAGCAGCCAAUCAAAAUAGCCAGCAGUUGCUAAGUUACCCCCGCCCCUUCGAUGAACAGCCAAUCAAAGCGAUUUAGCUCUGCUUCUAUUUCAUUUCUUAGUCCCACCCUUACCAUAAACAUUCGAACGUGGGUUGGCUGAGGAGCUGGGGUGUCUGCCAAUCACAGUUGCUCGACUCUGGCUUCUGCAAACCGCCAGGUAGAGUUGUUAAAACCGUGCCCUCCCGAGACUAUAUAUCAUUGUCUUUUUUAGCCCUCUCCAGGCAAACUGCCCAUCAUGUGCACCAAGGCCGCUCAGCCCCGCCUUCUGGCAAACGGCCAGUGACAGCUGCUGGGUUCCAUCAACCUUGGGCAGCCGGCUGUCGCUGCAGGGAAGCAACCAAUAAGAAUUUCUAAAGGAAACCUGAUCUUGCUAUCAAUUGCUGCUGCUUACAUGGCAGGCCAGCUGGUCAGCUGCUGAUCAGGGUGUCUAGGCUGAAAGGGUUAGGGGACCUUGUGCUAGGUAGGUGAACCAGAAACCACCCUCGCCGCCAAGACUCGCUCCCAACCUGGCUCCCCAGCAAUCUCAGGUGCCUUCCUCGCCCAGGUCCUUCACCCUUUCUACAGAAACUACCUCGGUCUGGAUCUCCCCACCACCAGCAGCCCGUGCAAUAUUUAUUGGUCUAUCAAUUUCUCCCGUCUCUCCUCUCCCAAAGUAAUAAAUCAUGUUUAAUAAGCCUG